AUGGCAAGCAAAGAGCCGAUCACGAGCCCAGAGAAGACGAGGAAGCCCCCCGUUGCCGAGGAUGAAGACACCGGAGCUCAAGUCGCCCCUAUCGUCAAGCUCGAUGAAGUUGCUGUCAGCACCGGCGAGGAAAACGAAGAUCCAAUGCUCGAUCUGAAGUCGAAGCUGUACCGAUUUGAUAAAGACGGGAAUCAAUGGAAAGAGAGAGGCGUUGGUACUGUGAAGCUGUUGAAGCACCACGUGACCGGAAAAGUUCGCCUUGUUAUGAGGCAAUCUAAGACUCUCAAGAUCUGCGCCAAUCAUCUCGUGUUGCCGACUAUGACGGUGCAGGAGCACUCAGGGAACGACAAAUCGUGCUUAUGGCGCGCUUCUGACUUUGCAGAUGGUGAGCUGAAAGAUGAACUUUUCUGCAUUCGUUUUGCGUCUGUGGAAAGUAAGUAUAUUUUACGUUAAAUCACUUUGCUUCCUUUUAUUUGCUAAAUGAAAUUGAAUCAAUGUUGUUUCAAUUCUUUAUUUAGUCUAAGAUCUGGAGCCGCCAAUUAGAGUUUAGUAACCAACAGAAUGUUUGAGAGUUGAGCAUUGGUAUUUUCUUCAAGUUGUUAGUGACUGGCAUUUCGGUUAAUAGUUGUAAUAUUUACCAAAUUUUGGUUCUCUUAUUGACUUUAUGAAUGUUUGGUUGUACAUAAUUCAAAGGUUUAUGCUUGUGCUGGUGUCAGUUUCAAAUAAGUAUUUGGUGUAAAUAAUGGGUUGCAUUGCAAUUUUACAAAUUUCUGACAUGAAGUGAGAAACUGUGUUUACUUUUAUUAACAUCGAUCAAAGCAUAUGAGGCAGAUUCUUGCUGAUUUUUCCCUUUAAUGAUGU